AUGCGUCGGGCCCGCACCUCGCUCCCGCUGGCGGUCCAGCUCCUCGCCCCGCCCCACGCUCUGCAGACACUGCAGGCACAGCACGCUCCCUCUCCCUCGGUCGUAUCGCUCCCUCUCCCGUCGCCGUCAUCGUCGGCCUCACCCACCCCCGCACCACCCAACACGCGGCAGAACUCGGCCAUCAAGUCUGCCCCGCCCACCUCAGCGUCAACACCCACGCAUUCCGCUGCCCCGAACACGAGGCAGAACUCGGCCAAGUCGGCCCCCUCGACGUCUGCUCCCACCCCUCGGCCGGCGCUCAGCAAGUCCCCCUCGGUGACAGCGACAUCAUGCCUGCCCCCUCUGUUCGAGACGCCGACACCAGAGCUGGUAGCGUUGCACGAUAAACUGUACCACUUCCUCGCUCUGAUUCUCCGCGCAUACGUGCUGCAGUGGUACUCGAAGAUUUCGCCGCGGGAUACGCAGACCCUGCCCGAAAUCAACAAUGCGCUCGUGCCCAUCCUCCGCCCCCUGCUCGAUGUGCACAGGGAGGAGCUUGUUGACCUGCUGCUCCUGCAUGCACCAGCGCUGCUGACGCUGCACCUCCAAACGCUGCGGCAGGCGCAGGCCGCCGUCCCGCUCCCGGCGACAUCGUACAUAUCCACUGCUACGCCGAACGCGGUCCCGACCGUCCAGAACCCCGAGGAGCCAGAACAAGCAGGCAUCGACGAGGUCCUGGACGGAAUGAGGGAGGAGGAGGAGCGACUCGGCGACGCAUACCAUGCGCGUCUGCCGCUGCGCUCCGUCACGCGCCAAGACGGACACUGGACAGUCGACCCCGAGUACUACGUUGCCCUUGGGCUGCGUCUCCAGCCCGAAGGAGGGGAGUUGCAGAAGACAAUUGUCGCCGAGCUGCUCGCAGGCAGCGUGCUCGGCAACGUGUCGAAGCGCAUCGGCAUGCCCUGGUUCUGGGCCCAGAUGCUGCACAAGCAGCUGAGCCCGAAGUCAUUCUCCGACGCGGAUUCUGAGCCCGCCGAAGUGACGCAGCCGAGGAGGACAAUCGUGCAGAAGACGAAAGCGGUCGUGGGCAAGAUGAAGGCGACGGGCCAGACUGUGCGUGGUCUGUACGCUACCUGGGCAUCGAGUCCGCCGCCAGAGAGGAAGCACACCCACCUCGCCAUGCCGUGGGUCCACUUGCUGCGCGAACUGCUCGCCAUCGACCGAGCCGGCCUCUUCACCCGCCUCGCCUUCGCUCUCUUCGGCAUGCUCGUGCUCCUCCUCUCGCCGGUUGUUGACCGGAUCCUCCCCAUCCUCGUCACGCAAACCCUCACCCCGGCACUGGGCAUGAGGAUCCUCGCCCUUCUCGAGCGCAUCAUCUUCCCCUGCGACGGAUACCCCUCGCCAGACGAGUUCCGCGAACCUGGCCCUCCGGAGCAGGCCCUGCUGUGGGAACAGCUGAGGGAGGAUGUCCGCCGCAAGGCGCCGUGGAUGGGCGUGUUUGGCGAGGGGUGGGAUGAGAGACUCCUAGACGUUGUUGGGCACAGAGGGCCCAACGCUCAUCUGGCGGCGAUGCUGUACGAUGCGGUCGUUGGCACGCUCGCUCCAGAACUGCUCGUUGAGAGCAAAUAA